GCUGUCAAAUUUGUUACACUUUCAGUCUGGUUGAGAAAUAUUUUGGUUUUGUGGUUCCGCCUUGUCCGUGCAAUGAAAAACAGUGUGAAAAGCUAAAGUUUUCCCAGAAAGAUGAUGGAGUGCAAUGAGGCCGUGGAGCGCCAGAAGUUGGUGUCGAAUGACACAGAGACGGACGAUGUGCCAAGUAGUGCCCCAAAGUCCUCAAUUCAGACCCCCAUUUCGCCAGUGCUGAGCAAAGUCUUCUCCAGCGGAGACACCAGCCGAUCCCAGAAUUCCACGACGUGUUCCGUGGGAAAGGGUCAUCCAGAAGCCAGCUCUCAGCAGUCUACAAAGCUCACGUUCGUCAAUGAGCGCAAGUUGGAGGCAAUUGCCAAAGCGAAAGCCAAGAAAAUCAACAGAGAUCUUCCGUCACCCAAAACUGUCCAGGCGCCAACACAUCCAGUUCAUAGUUCAAACUUUUCCUUUGCCGAUCGUCCUCUGAAACAUCAUUCAUUUAUCUCAGAUGAGGGAGAUGUACGCAACAUGGAGAGGGCUCUCUUGGGCCUUCUCGAGGAUUUCCAUUCGGGGAAGCUGAGAGCUUUCGGAUCCGGGUGCACAAUGGAACAAAUGACUGAUAUUCGGGAGCAACAGGAACGCCUGGCUAAGCUUCACUUUGAACUGGGCGCUGGAGGAGACACCGAGGACUCACAGUCCGAAUGCAAUGCUCAGCAGAAGAUGUCACAGUUGGUGAAGAAGCUGGAAAAUUUGUCUGUUUCCAUUGAAAAGUUGCACUCCAGCAACUCGGAUUUGUGAUAUUUGCCUUGGAGGUUCCUCCAAUAAAAAAAAGACACACUCAAUUUUAUCUUUCUUGUUUUAUUUCAUUACCAUUUAUACAUUCUUUUCUAUUUUUUUCUCAAGCGGAUUGUUUUCUCUUUUGUUUUUUUUUCUCUUUAAAUAUGGAAAAUAAUAAAUGACAAUAUUACAUUGACAUCCAAAUUGGUUUUGCACCUUAUUUCUUUUAUUUUUUUUGUCUUUUAUUAAUCUUAAUAAUUGUUGGACAUUUUGUGUUUGAAUGAAGCAGAGUUGGAGGUUUUUUCUUAAUGCUUUAUUGACCAAAAAAAUGUGAAAUUCAUUUAUUAAUUUCGUAAGAUUUAUAUUUAAAUAAUACAUUUUAAUUGCAACAUUUUCCUAAAGAAAAUAAAUUUAUAAAUAAAAAAUAAAUUGCAAAAUAGUGAUAAAGUAAAUGCUCAAUUUCGUUGAUUUUUUAUUAAUUCUUUGUUUUAUGAUUUUGCAGAGAACUCCUCAAGUUUUUUAAUGACUAGAAUGGUAUGUUUGGAGUUUCUCUAAGUUAAAAAAAAAAAUAUUCAAAAAAUAAAUUGAAAUAUAAAUGGGGCCAAACCCUUCCAACUCUGCUGUUCAGUGUUAUUCCAGAUGAUCUCAUUGUCGUCUAAAUAGUAAAAAACAUCUACACACAUCGACAGCAAUGUAUCCCUAUUUUUUUCAUCUUUCUCAAAUACAAUUUGAAUAUAGCAAUAAAUAUGUUAAGAUUGAUAUUAA